CUGGACCGCGGAGGAGGCACCCACACUCCGGCCUCAGUAAGUGCCUGCUCUGACCUCCAGCCUGGCCUGGGCCCCAGUGCCCAGAUCGGGGCAGACUGGCCACCUCCAGAGACACCCCCCGGCUCAGGCUGCUGGACUGAACGGCUGUGCUGCAUGGGGUGCCCCCCACCCAAAGCAGCUCUGCUAAGACUACAGGAAGCAGACGCCCAGCGACAGGCAGGGACGGCUGGUGGGAGGGGUGGAGAGCCGGGAGAGGUGGAGUUGGAUGAGCAGCAGCCAAAGCAGCCCCGGGGCCAGCCAUCCCCCCCCCGCCCCGCGCCCCCGCAGCUUUCUGUCCCCUCGUAGUGGACGGUUGGGGGCGUCUCCUGAGCCAGGAGCCAGGCCCAGACAGGACAUGGCAGCAGGUGAGCCUGUGGCUUGUAGCUCACCAGACUGGAACCUCCCAGUGUCAGGUUUGAGCUGCAGGGACCACGGCAGGGCCUUGGCCAGGUCACAACUGGCCUGCCCCUCCUCAUCGGCCAUGCCCUGCCUCACUUGUCAGGUACCCACGGGGCAGGCAGAACACACUCACACCAGGAGCCCCCUGGCAGGGGCAGAAGCGGGGCACUGAGGCUGCAUCCCCUCGGCCUCCGUAGGAGGGAGGGGCUGCCAAGCCCUGGGGUUUCCUGUGUGCUGAGUCAGAGCGCCCGAGGGGGAUGGGGCCGUGGCAGCAGGAGGUGCAGAAGUGGGGCUGCCAGUGGGUGCCCGGUCCCUCGGCUGCAACAGCCUGAUCUCUGCCCCCAGGCCUGUCCACGGCUUUGCAGGAUGAGGCCACAGGGGUCCUCAGCCUCUCCUGCCCUCUGGGUCCUGGGGUGCCUCACCCUGCUCCUCUGGCUGUGGGUGCUGUGCACAGCCUGCCACAGGAGGCGGGCAGGGAGGCAGGUGUCCAGGCUGCAGGGCAUGCAGGGCGGUGGGAUGCCAGCGAAAGCGUCACUGCUGAGACCACCCCACCUCUGCUCCCUCAGCAAGUCAGACACUAGACUGCACGAGCUGUGCCGAGGUCAGCCCUGCAGCAGAGCCCCGCGGCCUGCCAGCGUGGAUCUCCUGUGCCCACAAUGGCUGGAGGUGUCCAGAGGCAUGACCAGGCCCCCAGAAGCCUUCUCAGUCCAGGAGCUGCCGGCAGCCGUGCCCUUCACCGACCCCGAGGCCACUUAUUCCAACGUGGGGCUGGCUGUGAUCCCCAGGGCCAGACUGGCAUUCGGCUCUGGGGUGUGGGCAGGGGCACACAGCUGUGCCAGGCUGGGGCCUGAGGCCAGACCGGCGGCGUCUGAGUAUGCCUGCAUCCAGAAGCUCAAGGGGACAGGCCGGGUCCCCCAGGGCCUGGGGCAGGGGCGUACUGAGGUCAUCCCAGCCAAUCAGGUGGACAGCCUGUACUCCAAGGUCAGCAAGCCUAAAAGGAGGGACCCCGGACCUGCCUCAGACCAGCCAGACCCCAAGGGUGGGGGCACAGUUUUAGCUCUGGGGGGUGACCUGGCCUAUGAGGCCCUCCCACCAAAGAGCGUGGGUGUGAACAGGAGCUUCCUGGAAAACGUGUAUGAGAGCAUCCAGGAGAUGGGGGGCCCUGGAGCCUCCAAGCUCGAGCUCUUGGCAGGAGGGGCCAUAGGCCGGCCAUGGAGACCCCCUGCUUCCUGUCUACUCCUGCCGGGGCGGGGGAGGGGAGCCUCCCUCGCCGGCUCCGUGAACUCCCUGCCUCCAGAGCGGGGUGCACCCCCGACUUCUCCCACACACACAGCGGCCGGCACGGGUUCCAGAGAGCAGGGCUGCCAGCCUGGUCCUGGCUGCCACAGCCUUUCCAGGGCAGCGUCUCAAUAAACCCCCGGCUCCCGGAGCCGCAACACC